CGAUAUAUUGAAGAUAUCCACCAUAUGAGUAUAAUAUAUCAGUAAAAGAGAAGAAAUCAUUUGAUUUUUUACGGGGUAACUCAUCAAAAUAAUCAAAAUUAAUGUUAAUCAAUCAUGCAUGCAAAUUAGCUUAAAACAAAAUAUACAUCCGCUGGUUUCCAUGGACGGACACCGUUGGUACUUGACUCAGUGGCGAAGGAAAAUAAACGAACAAGCGAAUCAAAAUGGCAGCCCCCAUAGGUAGAGAAGCGUUACCAAUACACGGUUUCAAAAAUGACAUAAUCAAAUCCAUUCGUGACUCAAGAGCUCUAGUCAUAGUAGGAGAAACUGGAAGCGGUAAAACUACACAACUCCCCCAAUUCUUAUAUGAAUCUGGUUUCCACAAGUAUGGGACUAUUGGGGUGACACAGCCAAGGCGUGUGGCAGCCAUGUCUGUUGCAUCAAGAGUUGCAGAAGAGAUGAGAUGUAAGGUCGGAGGUCAAGUUGGAUACCAAGUCAGAUUUGAUGAUUGUACAUCAGAUGAGACUGCAAUCAAGUACUUGACCGAUGGAUGUCUUCUAAGGGAGUUUCUGAGAGACAGAGAACUCACUCAUUACAGUGUUAUUGUUCUUGAUGAGGCUCACGAAAGGAGUUUAGAUACAGAUAUCUUGUUUGGUCUUGUCAAGCAGCUCUUCCUCUCCGAUAAGGAUCUGAAAUCAUCAAAACGGCAACACCCCCUCAAAGUUGUAAUAAUGUCGGCCACCUUGGAUCAGGGAAAGUUCUCAGACUUCUUGGGUGGAUGUCCCAUAUUUGAGAUUCCAGGAAGGUUAUACCCUGUCAAGGAUAUAUACUGUAACCUGAUUGAGGAGAAGGAUAUGGGAAAAAACAUCACAGUCAACUAUGUAUCUAAGGUCGUUGAGACAGUGAUGGAGACCCACUUGGAGCAGAAGCAGGGUGACAUCUUGGUUUUUCUCACCGGCCAGGCGGAGAUCGAACAGUGCUGUGACAAACUCUUCCAGAAAUCAGAGCAGGUUGAUUAUCGUCAUGAUGUCAGGGAUCGAACCGUCAAGGCUUUAAUGGUGCUUCCCGUCUAUGGAUCCAUGCCUACUGAAUUACAGCAAAGGAUUUUUGCUCCCUCUGGCGUUGGAGUUAGGAAAUGUGUCGUAGCUACCAACAUUGCUGGAACAUCUCUAACCAUUGAUGGUAUCAGGUAUGUGAUUGACAGUGGUUUUGUGAAGCAGAUGUCAUAUAAUCAUCGGACAGGUCUAGAUGCUCUACAGGUUGUCCCUAUUUCAAGAGCUGAAGCCAUACAGAGAUCAGGCAGAGCUGGUAGGACUGCAUCAGGCAAGUGUUACAGAAUAUACAGCAAAGGUUUCUAUGAGAACUGCAUGAGUGAAGAUAUGAUACCUGAGAUACAAAGAAGCAGUUUGACCAACGUAGUACUCAACCUCAAAUGUAUGGGAAUACAUAAUAUACUCAAGUUUCCAUUUGUAGAUCAGCCUGAAGAAAGAAUGCUUCUAGAAGCUUUACGUCAACUCUAUUAUUAUGGUGCUAUAGACAAAAGAGGAAACAUUACCAGCUUAGGUCGUCUGUUAGUAGAGUAUCCCUUACCUCUAUCCCUAGCGAGGGCUGUGAUAUUUUCAGGGGCACUUGGGUGUUCUGAAGCCAUGCUACCAAUCGCAUCCAUGCUGUCUGUGGAGAAUGUAUUCAUUAGGCCAGGUGAUUCUGAUCAGCAGGCUGAAGCGCAUAAAGCUCAUCAGAAAUUAGCUGAUAAAGCAGGAGGAUCUAAUGACUUCACAACUCUCCUGGCUGUAUUUCAAAAGUGCAGUGAAAGUGAAUCUCCUUCAAGAUGGUGUAGGAAGCAUAGUAUACAUUGGAGAGGAGUCAAGACAGCUAUGAGUGUACAUAAACAACUUGAGACUAUCCUCCAUCAACAGAUGAAGAAUCCUGACUUCCCAGAGGAGGAUAACUCGGGUUCGACCAGCGAUCGUUUGAGGAGAGCCCUCUGUAGUGGGUUCUUUGGUAAGGUUGCUCGGAAAGCUACCACUGGGCGUGGCUACCGCACCAUGGAAGGCCACGGUAUAGGCGUCUUCCUACACCCUUCUUCUUGUUUGUUUGGGCGCGAUGAUGAGCUUGACUGGGUGAUUUAUAAUGAAGUCAUACAGACAUCCAAGGUCUUCAUGAGGACUGUAUGCCCGGUGAAAUAUGAGUGGGUCAAAGAACUCCUCCCCAGACUACAUGAGCUGGAUGCCUAUGCACUGAGUGGAUGUCUAGCGCCAUCCAGUGAUAAGACUGAAAAUGAAGACUCUGAUGAUAGAGGGACGAAGGAAGAAAGAGGGAGUAGUGACAAGAAAAAGAAGCUGAAAGGUGACUCUGAGAAUGAAUCUAAUAAGGUAGUCCGCAGGAAUGAUGACACAUCCAUCACAGAUGCAAAGCAGAGGUACCUAGAGAGAAAGGCUGCUAAACUAAAACAUUGAUAUCAACAUCCAUGCGGUGUGUGGAA